AUGCGGAGCGCCGCCGCGGUGUGGGCAGCGUGCUUGCGGCCGGUGCUGCGGUGUGGAGCCGUCUCCGUGCUCCCCCCACACGGCCCCGGUAUGGCGGAACCGGGACCGGGCCUAGGCCGGGAGCCGCAGUCUGGACCCACGGGCAGGGAGGAACCGGAACCGGGACCAGGCCGGGAGCCGGAGCCGCAGCCCGGACCCAUGGGCAUGGCGGAACCGGAACCGGGCCAUGAGCCGGAGCCGGGACCCACGGGCAGGGAGGAACCGGCACCAGGCCCAGGCCCCGGCCGGGAGCCGCAGCCGGGCCCCAGGGGCAGGGAGGAACCGGCACCAGGCCCAGGCCCCGGCCGGGAGCCGCAGCCGGGCCCCAGGAGCAGGGAGGAACCGGAACCGGGCCAGGAGCCGCAGCCGGCCCGCAAGAAGCGGCGGUUGGCGGCCGGGGAUCGGUACGUGCCUCCGCCGCGGAGGCUGAGCACGGGGGUGAGCUUCGGGGCCUCGCACUUCGCCGAGACCUCCUACUACUUCGAGGGGGGUCUGCGCAAGGUCCGGCCCUACUACUUCGACUUCCGCACCUACUGCAAGGGCCGCUGGGUGGGCCGCAGCCUCCUGCACGUGUUCAGCACCGAGUUCCGGGCUCAGCCCCUCGACUACUACCGAGCAGCUGCCAGCGCCGGCCGCCUGCGGCUCAACGAGGAGCCCGUGCGGGACCUGAGCGUGGUGCUCAAGAACAACGACUUCCUCAGGAACACCGUCCAUCGCCAUGAGCCACCGGUCACAGCCCAGCCCAUCCACAUCCUGGCAGAGGACCAGGAGGUGGUGGUGGUUGACAAACCCUCCUCUCUGCCUGUCCACCCCUGCGGCCGGUUCCGGCACAACACCGUCAUCUUCAUCCUGGGCAAGGAGCACGGCCUGCAGGAGCUGCACACCAUCCAUCGCCUGGACCGCAUGACCUCGGGAGUGCUCCUGUUUGCCAAGACUGUGGAGGUGUCCAAGAGGAUCGAUGAGCAGGUUCGGGAGAGGCAGCUGGAGAAGGAGUACGUCUGCCGUGUGGUGGGGGAGUUCCCAGAGCACGAAGUGGUCUGUGAGGAGCCCAUCCUGGUGGUGUCCUACAAGGUGGGAGUGUGUCGUGUGGACCCCAAAGGGAAAUGCUGCAAAACCACCUUCCAGAGGCUCAGCUACAAUGGGAAGAGCAGCGUGGUCAAGUGUCUGCCCCACACCGGCCGCACGCACCAGAUCCGGGUCCAUUUGCAGUUCUUGGGGCACCCCAUAGUCAAUGACCCCAUCUACAACAUGGAAGCCUGGGGCCCUGACAGGGGCAAGGGGGGGAAGAUAGAUAAAACAGAUGAAGAGCUCCUCAAGGCCCUGGUAGAGGAGCAUCGUUCCAAACAGAGCCUGGAUAUACUGGGUAUCAUGGAGGAGGACUUGAACUCCGGUGCUGGAAGUAAAGACUGUGGUGAUUCAAGUGAGUGCACAAAGCCUGUGCAGGCUGAUCCCAGCAGUGGGAAUUCCUGCCCUGCUGAGGAUGCUCAGGAUCCCGGGAUGGACACUUGGAAUCCUGGGAGGAAUGACACAAUAGGGUGUCCAUUGAACUCUGAUGCCAACCUGGAAACACAGGAAAGCAAAGAACUCAACUCAUGUGACAAUCAGGAUGGGGAAGUGGGAGAAAAGGGUCCAGGAGAGAAGGACCCUUUGUGUGUGGAGUGUAAGAUGGUAAGGAGGGACCCAUCUCCCAAGGAGCUGGUGAUGUAUCUGCAUGCCCUGCGCUACAAGGGCGUGGGGUUUGAGUACUGCUCCAGGAUGCCUGAAUGGGCAGCAGAAGACUGGGAGGAAUGAGUGAGGAUGUGGUAAAGACCUCACAUGUACUUCCCCAGCAGUGCUUGAGGUGAACAGGAUGGGAACUGUCCUCAUGCUGGAGAGGAGGAGCAGAAGAUGAGGCUACAACACACUUCUGGGUUUAUGUUGCUUGUGGGUGAAGCAGCACUUCAGGGUACCACACACUGCUUGGCACAGGCAGCUUUGCCUUUCACCUCCACAUAACCUGGGGCUGCUGCUGAUCAUCCACACGGGUAUUAGUGAACAUCAGCAGUGGUUGUUGUUCUGGCCUCCUGUGUUCUUGGAGCUGACACCAGGAGCUGUUGGGUUGUUGUUUGCUGUGCUGGAUGUCAUACACAACACUACUCGUGCUGUACUUCACUGCCAGAUUGUGAAACUCAGACCUUACCACUGAGAGCAUCCUGAGCUAAAAGCAGAGCACUGUGAAGCUGAUCCCUCUGGUGCUGUUUGUCACCAAGGUGGACUUGCCUUUGGUAUUGCCCUUUCUGUGCUCCUUUAGAUCAUUAUGCAAAGUUAACUCUAGAGAUGGAGCUCUUUAUAUUGGGCCUGGUUUUGGAGGUGCUAAUCCCCAGAUUUGUCCUUAUAAGGAGACUGGUUAAGAUGAGUUUUGUCUUUCUGCUACCUCCCUGUGCCCUGUCUCCUGCUCUCACACACAUGUGGCUUCUCUUGAGAGCCUGUCCACUCUGCCCCUCACUGCAGACGUACUUGAGCAGCAAUCCAAAGCAGGGCUCUGAUUCUGGUCUAGUUUAAUGUACUACAGGUGGGGAGUUUUUAAUGUCAAUGUGACAGCUUUCAGGGAAAACAAACUGGUUUAUGAAGCAGAAGACUUUUUAAUAUGCAUUUUAUAUGAAUAUGU